CUAGUAACUCUCCCUCAAAACAUCUCCGUCGAUGAAAUUCACUUCGAUAAUAUUUUUUAUUGCAAAGCCAAAGGAGAGGAGUUUUCGGAUCUAAAGAAUCCCCUACAACAAGACUAGUUACUCAAAACUCAAUAAUUUCAAGUUGAAGAAAAAUGGGAGGUGGUAGGGACAAGCAUGAAGGCGAGUCAAGUGACAAAGGGCUGUUUUCUCAUCUUGCUGGCUAUGCUGCUGGACAUUAUCCUCCACCUGGAUCUUACCAUCCACAAGGAUAUCCUCCUUAUGGAUAUCCCCCUCAUGGAUAUCCCCCACAAGGCUACCCACUGGCUCGAUAUCCCCCUCAUGGAUAUCCCCCACAAGGCUACCCACUGGCUGGAUAUCCUCCACCAGGAGGGUAUCCGCCAGGUGGAGGGUAUCCGCCAGGUUAUCCUCCUCCUGGCGGAUACCCACCUGCUGGAUAUCCUCCUCCCGGAGGUUACCCUCCGGUAGCUUAUCCACCUCAUAGUGGAUAUCCACCAGCUGGUUAUCCCGGACAUGGUUUGCAUGGACAUGGUGUGGGAGCAUUGGUAGCUGGAGGAGCUGCUGCUGCGGCUGCUGCUUAUGGGGCUCACCAUAUGGCACAUGGAGCUCAUCAUCUUGGACGUUGGGGUUACUAUGGCCAUGGUCUUGGAAAAUUCAAACAUGGGAAAUUUAAGCAUGGGAAGUUUGGGAAGCGUUGGAAGCAUGGCAUGUUUGGAAAACAUAAGGGCAAGUUCUUUGGAUACAAGAGGUGGAAGUGAUUCCUGUCUCUGUGCUCCAUAUGUCUCUUAUCAUUCAGUUAUGUUCUUUAACAGUUACUGAUUUGGUCUUUUCAUGACUUCCCCCCCAACAAACAUGGAUUUGUUUUGGUUGUUAUUUUUGCUUGGCAUGCUAAUACUAUGAAAGCCAUAUAUUUGUGCCGUUGUUUUUGUAUAUGAAUGAGUUGGUUUCAUUGCAAAGGGUGUUGCAUGUGAUCCCUUUAACCCAUUGUAUUAGCCAGGCCAUUUAUUUAUUUGGUUGAUGAAAUAGCCUUCCCAAGAAGAUACACUGGUGGAAGGUUGGGGUUAGUGGCUAAUAUGAAAACCAAGGCUUUUCCUUUCUCUGUUAGAUGCUAACUCAAUUGCUGGCUUCAUUAAACAAUUUUCUAUUUUGUCAAUUGCUUCAGCCGACAUUGUUUUUGUCAAUUGUUGGCUA